UCAAUCUAUCCAUUAAUAGAACAUUGGUUCAAUUUCCAAGUAUAAAUUAAUGACCCCGAUUCAACCAAAUUUUUCCUCCAAAACCCAUAAGACUAAACCUCUUCACAACUCACAACCCUAAGAGCCUCUUCAAAAUUUCAAAUGCAUCCACAUGAACUGACGCAAGCCUAAAACUUGAUUGGACCGCUUCAAGUACUUUUGGGCACCCUGUUUCUGACCAGAAGACCAGAGGUACAGGUCUAAGGCCCACCAUCUUGUGAAGCAAGCAAAGGAAUCAAGGAAUCUAAAAAGUAGUAACCUAGCCGCGUUGAACAUGACUAGUAAGUAGUAAGUAACAGAGAAGGAACCUCCCAAACUGGUAAUACAAAUUCUGCCCAACGGCGGCUCUAUCGGUUUUUUGAAAAAAUUUCUCACGUGAACUGACCGGCAAUAACCAUUAGAGUUAAAGGCUUAUCCUAGUUGGCCAUAUUGGUGUAUGAAAACAUACUUUAGGGACUCAAAAUAAAAUAAUUCCACUUUGAAAUUCAAUUAUUGUCGGGCCAAGAUCAAUUUAAUAAAACUCAAUUAUACAAAACCCGGAAUCAAGAUACAAAUAAAUGGGACUAAAGUAUAAAAAAUGUGACAAAAAAAUUAUACAACCAAGAUAAGAUGCAACUACAAAACACUAUAAAAUAAGAUGAUAGACUCGAAUGCAAAGUAAUGAGACUAGGUGGCUUGAGAACAAAGGCUAAAAAGAAUCUGCAAGGUGUAAAGUUACCAAUGGCCAAACAGGGCAUAGGAAAAGGACACUACCAACCCAUGAAAUGAAACCUUUUAGCCUUUUUAAGUCCAAAAUUCCCAAAUGCUCUGAACCCUCCAUCAUUUUCACUAUUCCACCCCUCACCAUCUAACCCACAAGUAAAGUUAGGGAAUGCCCUCACCGUCAUCCAAAGCGCGUACUCCACACGCCCCACUCAAUGGCACAUCACAUUCCACCCACUCUCCCCACAGGGGGAGGGAUGUUCCACUACAAUUCUCAUCCAUUCUUUUUAACCAUAUUUGCCUAGAGAUCGAGCGUGAAAGAUCAACCACCGAAACCAAACAGGCCCCAAAACAGAGAAAGUGGUCGAAAAAAAAUAUUCUAGAGAGAGAAACCCAAGCAAUCGUCCAUGGCAGACAUGGGGCGAGAGGAGGAGGAAGAAGAAGAAGUAAGAACCCCAUCUUCACCACCGCAAUCACAAUCAUCACAUAUGUUGGUACUAUCGAUUCUAAGCAAAAGGAGAACGUGGGUAUGUCUCUUCAUCCUGGUAUACGCCGCCCUUCUCUUCUUCUCAUGGAACCUCCUCAAGACCAUCCUCUCCUGGUAUAAUAACUCCAUGUCUUCUUCAUCUCCUCCGUCGUCGUUUGGGUGGCCGGCCCUGUACGCAUCAGUCCUGCUUGGGGUUGUCUUUGGCCUUCUUUCUAUGGUGGCCGCCCUGGCCGUGGCUGUGCCGGCCACUCUAGUCACCUGGAUCACGGUUCUGGUUCUUCUGACCUUCUGUGGGAAGCCAAGGAGGACUCUGGUGGUUGAGGGCAGGAUGAUCACUGCUGAGAUUACAGGGUUUGUGCUCAAGAUCUUGUUGAAGGAAGGGAAUGUUGUGGCUGCUAUUUGUGCCGUUUUGGGCUACUUUGCACUUGUUAGGAGGAGGGGUGAAGUUGAUCUGGAUAAAUUUGGUUGAUGGGUUUUGGGUGUUUGGUUGCCUGGAAAAUGGUGGUUUUAAUGAAAUUUUGGGGGGCCGGGGUGCGGCGCGGGGGGUUGGUGUGGCGGGGCCGUGGUGGAUGGAGAUUUCGAAAAGUUUGCUCUCUCUCUCUUGUAAUACUGAAUAUUGGGUUUUGAAAUGUAAUUUUUUUUGGGGUAUAGUUUGUAGAAUUAGUUUCCAGAUUACUCUUUCUGGGUAAGGGCUUCUGAAUGAUAAUUAUCUGUAGAACUAAAGAAGAAAGAGUUAAAUGAAAGAGCAUUUUCGUUUAUUA